CUCAAAGCAACACAAGUGCGACGCCGAUCGUAAACAAGAAACAUGAAAAGUUCAAGUGAAAACAGUUCGUUUAUCUCUCGCAUCGGACAUGAGUGUGGGAAAUAAAAUGCGUGCAAUUAAAGUGAUUUUACAAAGAAUUAUAUUAGAAUAAUUAAUGGUUUAAUGACAUACUGGACGCAUAGUCCAAAUAUCAUUCGAGAUGUUGAUGCAAAACUCCGUUACCAAACGUAAAACGUUGAUAUUCGCCUUUUUUGGCAUUGCUUUGGGACUAUGCAUUGGCACGGUUCUGAAGAACUAUCGAGCGCUGGAGAUCGUCAAACGGUGCAGCUUGAAACCAAGCGGUCAGCAAAGCCCCUUCGAAAUCAUCGGUAUGAAUCCAGAGGAAGAAACCAUUAAAUCCUCACAGAAAAAUCUUGUAUUCGUCGGCGUAAUGACAGCGAAGAACUUUAUCGAAGGACGUGCGCGUGCCGUUUAUGACACAUGGGGGAAGGAGGUGCCCGGUCGUAUAGCCUUCUUUAGUUCAGAAGGUUCGCACUCCAAAGAGUUGCCAGUAAUAGGUUUAAAGAAUGUAGACGAUCGCUAUCCACCACAAAAGAAAUCAUUCAUGAUGCUCUAUUAUAUGUAUGAACACUACAUUGACAAAUUUGAAUGGUUCAUACGAGCCGAUGAUGAUGUAUACAUUGAGCCCGAAAAAUUGGAACGCUUCUUGCGCUCGAUCGACAGUUCUAAACCACAAUUUAUAGGUCAAGCAGGCAAGGGCAAUAGUGAGGAAUUUGGUUUGUUAUCAUUGGAGUUUGAUGAAAACUUUUGUAUGGGUGGCCCGGGUGUAAUCCUAAGUAGUGAAACGCUUCGUAGAGUUGCGCCGCACAUUCCAACCUGCUUGAAGAACCUUUAUAGCACACAUGAGGAUGUCGAAGUUGGACGCUGUGUGCAAAAAUUUGCUGGUAUCCCAUGCACAUGGAAUUACGAGAUGCAAUAUAUCAUGAGACACAACUCAAGCGGACCAUAUGCAUUCACUGGUAAAUUGAAGCGCAAAGAAAUUCACAAUGCUAUCUCGCUCCAUCCGAUAAAACAAGCUCCGUUGAUGUAUCGACUCCAUUCAUUUGUGCAGGGUCUCAAGGCCGAGGAAAUACGACAGGAAUCUCUCGAAUUGCAUCGGGAUAUUAAACGGAUGGCGGGCUUUUUGGAGAUACCCAGUGACAGCAAAUACUUGGUACCGGGUAUUGAAUUGAUACCAGAAGAGACGAGUAGCAGCCAACAUUACGAGGAUCACAACAUUCUAGGCAUCACGCCGGAUUUGAAGAAAUUCACACCCUCCUCAACAUCCGACCUACUCGAAUGGUCUUUCAUCGCAAGAAGCCUAUAUUCCAGUGAUAAUGCGAAUCCAAAGCACAAAAUAGACUCAGCACUACGAGAAGGACUCGAAGACGUCAUCACAGAAGUAAUGGAGAAUAUAAACAAUUAUUCCCGACAACGGGGACGAGUUAUAGAGUUUCGUGAACUACUUUACGGUUAUAACAGGGUGAAUCCAUUGCAUGGUCAGGAUUUAAUAUUAGACCUUUUACUGAUCUAUAAGCGUUAUCGUGGCAAGAAGAUGACAGUACCAGUGCGUCGGCACCUGUACGUACAGCGCGCAUUCACCGGUACAUUCGUUAAGGAAUUCAACGAGGACUUUUACAAUGUUACUGUACAAAAAAGUUAUUUGAAAAACAUGCUGAGCUCCGGCAUGGAACGCAUUUCGAAACAUUUUACCCUCCCUGGUUUACCAGCUGGCAAAGGACUGUUCAACGUUGCUGCUGAUGCGUCGAAAAUCGUCUUUAUAUUGCCAAUAGCUGGUCGUUUUGGCACAUUUCAAAGAUUCUUAGACACCUAUGAACGUGUAGCAAUUGAACAGGAUAAAAAUUGCGAUUUAUUAGUGGUUAUAUUCGGUGACAUCGCGAGUGUUCAAAGUCACUUGCAACUUUUAUUGGAACUUCGUCAACGACACAUUUACCAAAACAUUAACUAUAUACAACGGAAUGAGGAUUUUUCGCGCGGCGUGGCAUUAGAUGUGGCCGCACGUUCAUCGUAUAUACAAGAUAAUGACAUAAUGCUAUUCAUCGAUGUCGAUAUGGUAUUUCAAUUGGAAACAUUACAACGCAUACGACUCAAUACGGUGCAGGGACGGUAUGUAUAUUUGCCAAUUGUCUUCAGUCAAUAUGACCCAAAGAGACGUUGGAGCGAUGCAAAUGUUGAAAAUGCUCAUACGCCAGCUGACGAAAUUACCAAUGAAUCGGGUUACUUCCGACAAUUUGGUUACGGCAUAUGCGCCAUAUACAAAUCGGAUAUACUCGAUGAUGAUAUAAAUGGAUUUGAUAAAGAUAUAACUGGGUGGGGAUUGGAAGAUGUAAAAUUUUUAGAUAAACUCGUUAAAGUUGGUAACCGGCGUAAUGAUUUUCUGGUCAACACUGCCGAGGUGCCAACACAGCAUAAUGAUGCCGCACGCAAAAUGAGACGGCUCAGUAUAUUCCGUGCGCCCGAUCCGACCUUGGUACAUAUAUUCCACGAUAUCAGUUGCGAUGUUAAACUUGAUGCGCCACAAUAUAACAUGUGUCUUGGAACGAAAGCAAACUCAAUCGGCAGCACCCAUUUCAUGGAACAAUUAUUUUAUGACAAUAAAGAUAACAUAAAUUACAUAUCCGAAUUCAACCAAAAAAAGGAGCAGAGAUGAGAGUUAGGCACCAAACAUAUAAAAAGCAGAAUUUUCAAAUCAUUUUUGAACGUAACGAAAGAUGUUUUUAACAUUUGUAUCUGCCAUACCAAACAAACCUUAAGGUAUUAGUUUAUUCAGGAUGUAAGGUGUAAGGUGUAAGACGCAUAAGUAAUUACAAGCUGUGACCAUAACAUUGUCCUGUAAAAUUUACAUGCAAAUUUAAGUUAUGGUGUCGAUAUUUUUUGUCUACAAAUAUGUAUGUAUAAGUAUUUUAUUUAUAAAACCUGAAGUUCUUUUCUUGUAAACAUACUAGAACAUUUGGCAUGUGAACCGGAGUUAUAAAACCCAAAGUGU